ACAGCUGUGGCGGAAUCUCAGUAAGCUCUUGUGGUCGGCAGGACCCUGGGGGAAUCUUCAUAAAGGGGUGUCUUCACCUGUCUUCAGGCUUCACAAUGAAAAGUAAACACAAUAAGAAUGAACAGCUCCUGGUGACAGAUGGCGAGUUCUUCUCUCCCCCACCGCCACCACCACCACCACCCCACCCACCCCAGGGGGAAAGCCAGUCUCUGUGAAUGCGGCCGCAUGUCAAUCACCGGCUCUCAUGUGAUGGCUCUUGCCAAUGACGUGCCAGCCAUAUGGGCCUGGCAUCACAGUCUGCGAUGCAACUCACCCGUGCAGUCCUCCCUCCACGCGUCUGGGGCUGCAGACAGAGGCAGGGUGGCCGCAGAGGAGGAGGAGGAGGGAAGAGGAGAGGGAGGAAGGUAGGUGAGAGCGGAACACACACACAGCAAAUCCGCCUUGCAGAACGCAUCGCCGCCGCACCCGGAGAGAGAUGGUGUAAACAAACCUGAGGUGAACGCAGAACAAUGUUGAGUCGUCUGUUCAGUGAGGUUCUGCCGGACGUUCAGAGGCUCGCGGCGGACUGGACCGAGGACAAGGACAGAGUGGACUGCAAGGUCAAGGUGGAGUCUGGCCACCUGGCAGGGGAGGACGAGAUGGACGAGCCACGGGGGGACAGCAGUCGAGCCGAGUCCGAGAUGGCAGGCGACGACGAGGAGGAGGACGAGGAGGAGGAGGAGGAGGAGGAUGUUGAGGAAGAAGAGGGUGAGAACGGGGAGGAGGGGGGCGGGGAAAAGCCCAAGAAGCGUGGCCCAAAGAAGCGCAAGAUGAGCCCGGCCCGAGUGGAGCGCUCCCGCGUGCGCAGAAUCAAGGCGAAUGCUCGGGAGCGCACGCGCAUGCACGACCUGAACUCUGCUCUGGACAACCUCCGCAAGGUGGUCCCUUGCUACUCAAAGACCCAAAAACUGUCCAAAAUCGAGACCCUUCGCCUGGCCAAGAACUACAUCCUGGCCCUGGGGGAGAUCCUCCGCAACGGGAAGCGCCCUGAUGUUGUGAGCUACGUGCAGAUGCUGUGCAAAGGCCUGUCCCAGCCCACCACCAACCUGGUGGCCGGGUGCCUGCAGCUGAACACCCGCAACUUCCUCACCGAGCCGGACUCUGCUCGCUUCCACAUGCCGGGAUCCCCGUUCUCCGUGCACCCCUACUCCUCUUACCGGUGCCGCCUUUCCAGCCCCAGCUACCAAGCCACCGGCACCAACCUGCGGGCACACUCGUACGGUACUGGCUACGAAGCAGCGUACCCCCCCGGAGCAACGUCCCCGGACUACAUCAGCCCGGACUACGAGGGCCAGCAUAGCCCUGCAGGCCCAGGCUGCAUGGCAGGGAAGCAACAGGAGUGCGACACGGAGCGGAACUAUCACUACUCCAUGCAUUACUCCGGACUCAGCAGUUCGAGAUCCGGUCGAAGUUUAACCUUUGGUCCUUCGGGAACGCGGGAGAACAUUCCCCCCUUCCAGGAGGGCCCCUAUGAGGACCUGGGCGCCUUUUUCCACAACUAAUGACAAUCCUCUAUGAACUUCAUUCAAUAUGGACACACGUAUCUCCUCCUCUAAUCUGAUUACUGCUCCUAUACUGUUGUGCAUUUCUUCAUUGUGCAGUAUUGUGUGUGCAAAAUAAUGACAACACGUGUAAUAUGCCUAAAUACACAAAUAAAACACAAAGAUGUUUUAUAAUUGUCUGAUAUGAUCUAGCAGUGCACUCAUUCUCCUUUUAGCAUUGAGGAAAUGUACCAAUAAACUAAAAUGGUCCUCAUCAAUAUCUGCAUUAUUUUAAUCUAUUUGAUUUAGCCAACCAGCAAAAUAUUUCUUAGCAAUUUAUAAAGAAAUAUAAACGUUAUGAGAUAUUAAAACUGUGUCAAAAUGAUCAUUGUCAUUGUGUAAAAUAAUUUAUGAAUUUAACAAAAAG